AACAAUUGUGUGGUUCUUUGUUUAUUGCAUAAUUGGUGACCAGAUGUCAGAAGGAGUGGUACAUCUAAACUGUGAAGGGGAAGUUAGUUAUUCUUUUUUUGACUGUAGUCACACAGCCAGUGAAACUAAUACUCCAUGUUGUUACCAUUUCAAAUGUUAUUGUAUGGAUACAAGCAAUACAACCAACUCCAGUGAACGUGCGGGUAAGGACUGCAGCUCAGCCGUGUUUUUAUGUUGGCACACUUGUUAGUAUGUCUGCCUGUCUGUUUGUGUGAGCGCUGCAGCCAGCUUCUCUUGUGGUCAAAGGGAGGGCGUCAUGACACUCUGUACAGUAGCUCUAAAGCGCCACGCCAGGAAGUGAACUGAGCAAAAGCGAGUUCUGCAGGGCUCUUACACCGAUGACACAGACAGUGGAGCUACACAGCUGACACAGCACUCCAUGGAACCAUGUCGUCUCCAGAGAUGUGCUGGCCGGUGCCGAUGCGGGCCAUCGGGGCUCAGAACCUCCUCACAAUGCCGGGAGGUGUUUCCACCUCAGGAUACCUCCACAAGAAGGGAGGCAGCCAAUUCAGCCUCAUGAAAUGGCCUCUGAGGUACACCAUCAUCCACAAGGGCUGCGUGUACUACUUUAAGAGCAGUACCUCCGCUGCACCACAGGGGGCGUUUUCUCUCAACGGCUACAACAGAGUGAUGAGAGCAGCGGAAGAGACGACGUCCAGCAACGUGUUUCCUUUUAAGAUCGUCCACUUUAGUAAGAAACACAGGACUUGGUUUUUCUCUGCAGCCAGCGAGGAGGAGAGAAGGAAAUGGAUGCGGAACCUGAGGAAGGAGAUCGAUCACUAUAACGACAGAAAAGAUUCCCACAUUUCAAGUGACUCGGAUUCAGAUGCCGACAGUUUCUACGGGACGAUUGAGAAGCCCAUGGAUAUUAGACACUCUGUGGACAACGCAGAACACAAUUAUGGCGAGGAGGAUGAUGAUGACGAUGAGGAGGACUAUCUGAAGCCAGACAGUGAUUACUCGCCAACUUCGACAGGUCGACCGGCUGGGCCACCCCCCUGUUACCCCCCUCCCCCAGUGCCAGGUUUUAAUCUCCGUAAAGACUCUGUUCCAGUUUUCCACAAAGGCCCGGCUCCUCCCGUCCCCGGCCAACACAGAGGACCCACCUGCCCGCUCCCCAAAAAAACCCCGCCCUCUGUUCCCCCUCCCUCCAUACUGAAAGACCCCAACAAAGGACCGCCCCCUCCUCUCCCCUACGCCCCCCACCUGGAAAAGUCCUCCACCCCCCCACCUCCUCCGCCCCCAAACGCAAAGAGAACUUUUCAGGGCCUGACUGCGUCUUUGGGUCAGCCUGGGAACGACAAUAGAGACCGUAGGUCGAUGCCGGGGGUGUCCAUCCAAACCCCCGCCACUCUACCCAUCUGCAACCAAUUUGAAGCCUUGAUCGGCCUAAAUAGUCCCGCCAACCGCCCCCUUAAUGCAGGAGGGAGCCAAUCAAUGGGUGUCAGCCACCGCAACAAGCCGAGCGUACCUCCUCAUUCCAAUAUUGGAGGCCUCAGACCUGCGAUGUUGGACUCCCCGUCCCUCAGCAAGAUCUUCUCCAGUCACCCACCCCCGCCGACUCACCUUGCGAUCCCUCUUCUACCUAAACCUGGACGAUUGAAUAAGCCGGAAAUACCUAAACCCCCUCCACCAUUAGCUAAACCCCCACUGCCUUCACCAAAGAACAAGCAGCAAGGAUCCCAAAUCCAAAGAGCGUCUCCAGACGGACAGAGCUUCCGCUCUUCCGGAGACGAGGUGCCCUCAGAGUUCAGGAGGAAACUGGACUCAAGCAAACAGAGCGCAGAAUGUGACUCGGACUCCGACUAUGAAAACGUGCAGCUGCCAGACUCUGUGUUCAUCGAUACCACGGAAACCAGCUUCAUAGAAAAGAUGUUCAGAGAGAGCCCUGUCCCUCCCCAGGACGGACUGUACUGCAUCAGAAACUCAGGAACAAAAACAUCAAAGGUGCUGGUGGUGUGGGAUAUCAGUAUAGGCAAGGCCAGAAACUACAGGCUGUUUGAAGAGGAUGACACUGUGUACCUGGACUCUGAUGCCAUCUUCCCCACUCUGUCCGCGGUGAUCGAACACUACUACAGCCACCCUCUGCCUCACCACGGCUCACUGUGCCUGCAGCAGCCCUACACAAAGACACUGGGCCUCUGAUCCACACUGUCACGCCAGAGAAGAAUCCGCAUGUGAAAUCUAAUCCCCGACAACAGAGAUAAACUCACAGAUGGAAUAACUGUCACAGUGUAUCGGAACAGAUCGUACCUCUCACUGUUCGGGGGAAAAAACUGACUGUCGCAGCAGAAUGCUCCAUGCAGCUUUAUGUGAAAAAGCAAGGACAGAACUUUCUGAAACUGACUGCACGGACAGCAGGGAUUAAGAACCCUUGCUAAGAAACCUUUAGCAAUUAACAGCUAACAGAACAUUAUUUAUUAACCAAAAACUAGACUCUUGAUCAGCACAGCAAACCAUCUGACAGUAACCCUCUUCUCUGCACUGAAAACAAGAGCUACUGUCAAGAGAUCUUUACCCCAAAAAGAUGAUUUUGUACUUCAGUAUCUCACCUGUGUUACCUUGAAUUAGUCUCUCACGGGCUCCCAUCUUUUUAACAAAGCAUCAAAAACUGGAGACGUCUUGGAUCGAACUGUCAUGUCUAACAAUAGGAACAAUCUAAACGUACAUUUACAAACCCUCACACAACUUAUGCAGUGUAAUUCAGUUCAAAGUUACCAAUUCAUAUGCUCAUAUUUAGCUGGAUCCUUAAUAUUUCCAACACUUUUGUCCUGCCUUUUUUGGGUGAAAAUGCAUGUGUUUGGGAAGUAGUCAGCAUACAACUGGAUACAUGAGACUUGGAAUAUGCUGCUAGAGUUGUGUGAGAGUCUGUAAACGGCUGUUUUAUUGAAAUGUCUUAGUUUUUGAUUAUUAUUAUUUUACAGUUUAGGGAAGCAAAACAAACAAGUGUAAAAAACCGUACAAAUAAUCAUGUUUGUGGGUGAAGUAUAACUUUCAAGGGAAGAUUUUAGUAAUGCAAAAUAUACGUGAAAUCGAACUAAGCAAUGGGUGUAAUGUGCACAAUCCAGGAGCCAGUGUUGCCAUGCAGACGGAUGUCAUGUGUUUUGUCCACAGAGGGGCGCUGUGACACCAAGUGAGACCAUCCAUACAGGAGAAAGUGGAGUCAGGUGCUUUUGUUUGACUUUUAAGGACAAUCAUUUAAAACCUUGCAGCAGAGAAAAGCAUAUAUAUUUAUAUAAUGUAUAUCUAUAAUUCAGUUGUUUUAUGUCAGAUAUGUUUCUUAUCGAGAACAAAUUAGAAGCUCUGGAAGCUCAGCCAUUACUGCAUAAUGUUUGAACAGGACUGACUUUCAGGCAGUGUCGUAUCAGUCAUAAAGCUCAAUGUUUUGUGGAGGACUGUGGGGGAUACUGACAUCUGAACUCCCCUCUGAAGCUGUAAGCCUUAACUCUUGUGCCUUUAUUUAAAUAAGUUGCCUUAUUGGACAUUCAUGUGUGCAUAAGAAUACCAAAUAUUCAUUGCUUUCCCAAAUCUUAUCAAUGUUGAUGUCACUUUUCGAUUAUUUACAAGCAUUUUAAAGCAUUUUUUAAGCAGAAAACGAAGACAAUAGCAUGUAUCACACUGGGGCAGUCUGAGAAAAAUGUUUAAAUCUGGUGGAAAAAGACGGAUCCUUAAUGUAAAACCUGAUAUAAUGGGAUUCAAAUCAGUUCCCUUUCUGGACCAACUUACUCAAAGACGUGUCAUCCCGAAAAGACAAAAAGAAACUGGACCUGCUGUUUCCACGUCAUGAAUAGAAGGGGGCCAAUGUCUUCAUAUUUCACCGAUCUGUAGCCUCUUGUCCAGACUUUAUGCCUCAGGUAUGAAUAUAAACCAGGUCCAGCUGUGGAGCUAAACAACUGUAAUUGUUUUUAAACCUCCCAAGGAGUCGUGACAGCUUAAAAUGUUGUGCUUUUUCUUGAAGUACAGACAACAUCUCGCAGAUUAACAAGAAAUAGUUCAGACUGAACAUUAGGAAUUGGUUCUCAACUGCAAAAAUGUCCACAUUCUUUAUUAAUGCCGUCAAUACAUCUAUAUUUAUAUGUAAAUGCUGUAUGUACUGUAAAAACAUGUGUGUACAAAUGUAAAAAGAUUGUUUUAUACAGAAAUAUAUGUGUGAGAAUAUGAGAAUGUAUAAAGGAUUACUCCAA